CACCAGGCAAUCUGUUAAAUCCUGAACCAUCCUUCCUCAGCCUCAAAACAAUCAUUGGGAAUCCUAAAAUGAAGAAAACAGUAGUGGCUGUAUUAGACCAGAUGGUAAAGCCCCAUUGGCCAUAUCUUCCAAAACGACAAGAAAACUAUGAAACAGAAGAAGAGAGGGAGGCUAUUGAAGGACUUUGGAAUACAAUCUCAGAUGACCCAUUGAACUACCAUUUUUGCUAUGAUAUUUUGGAUGGAGAUGAAGAAGGACAACCCCCAAAGAUUAUGGCUUCAGAUGGACAAAGGCAGACAGAGAACAAAUAUUUUAAUUGGAGAGAGGAUUCUUGUUUACAUGCAAUUGCAAAGAGUAACAACAAGGAGGCUUUGCAGCAUCCUGUGGUCAGAAUGUUGAUUAAAACAAAAUGGAGAAGUUAUGGACACUUUUUCCUCAGCCUUCAAGCCGCCUUGUUCUGCAUCUUCUUGCUGCUCAUGUCAUUUUCUCUGCUGCAUGCCUCAACCAAACUGGAGCCCACCCAGUACAGCGGUGCAAUGGACUCACUGCGUGGAUUCUGUGAGGUUUUUACCCUACUUAUGGUUGUUUUCUACAUCUGUGAGGAAAUAAAUCAGACAAGAAUAGAGGGGCGUUCUUAUUUCACAGAAUGGAUGACCCUGUUUGACUGGUUAGGCCUAUUGUUGAUCCUGUGUAUAAUACCGUUACGAUACGUGGAUCAUAAAGCUCAAUGGAUGGUGACAUCUUUGGCCUUCUUGUUCAACUUCAUGAGGAUCUUUAAGUUUUCAUGUGUGUCAAGGACUACAGGAUUAUACACACAAACCUUGGCCAAGAUUAUUUUACAUGACGUCACACGAUCCAUGGCAGUUUUUGUUGUGAUCUUUUUCUCUUUCUGUGGUGCAUUGAAUUUAUCACUCUGUUACUCCGGAUCCAGGGAAAACCAGGAACUUCGCAGUGGUUUUGGAGACGUCUUGUUGAGCGGGUUUCGUGCUCUGUCCGAGCAGUAUCCGAUGGUGGAAGAUUACGCUACAUUCAACUGGCUCUCUAUUUUGUUGAUGAUGACCUACAUGGGGACUGUGAUUGUGAUUCUCUUCAACAUUCUCAUUGCGCAGAUGAGUACAACCUACACACAGGCUAAGAAAGUCGCUCGUUUAGAAUAUGAUGUGGAUCGUAUUUUACAGCUAACUCGCAUGGAAAGGUUUCCUUUCCUGAAUUUGCGUGUAAAGUAUUACAAAGAGGGUGACUGGAUCAGCGAAAUGAAACUCGCGCAAGAGCUUCUUGAAUUCAGUGAAGAACGCAGUCCUUGGGAGUCGGUGGAAGAGAAACUCAAUGCAAUCCGGAAUAUGAUGAGGAAGAUGAUGAAACAGAUAAGGCCUGGAAGCGGAUAAAGAAAGCUCUGUGUGUCCACAUGACUACGGUGGAAAUAUGUCCCCAUUCUCCAUUUUUGUGCGCCGGUUUCUUUGGUCAUUUAACUCGUAAUUUUCAUACGACCACGUU